AUGGCAGAGUCCGAUGGCAAGAUUGUGAAAACCAGGCGGAAGGUCAGCAAGUCGUGCGUGUUCUGCCGCAAGCGGCGCGUCAAGUGCAACAAGGCGCGGCCGAAGUGCUCUACAUGUAUUGGGAAGGGCCUGCCCGAGUGUGUGUACCUGUCUGAGUUUACGCACGACGUGAACUCACGGGAGCUGUUCAGCUCGACGCCCAAUGUGGAGCUGCUGCGACGGAUCGACGAGCUUGAGACUGAGCUCGCGCGGAUGAAGAGCGAGAUGGUACCGCAGCUGUUCAUGCAGAAGCACGUUAUGGGCACGGUGUCCCCCGUGAACAGACUUUCGCAGUUCCAUCUUGUGAUAGAGAAGCAGGGCCGCACGAUCUUCUACGGGCCGACUUCAUUUCGAGCGGUCGUCGCUUCUGUGAGUCCGCGGUUCUACCAUUAUUUUACUGUAAUCCUGACGAAGUUGCGGCAUGUGCGUCUGUCUUGGAAGAAAGAUAAUAACUACUCUGCGAUGAUGGAGCUAGAUUUGAUAGAGACACCUUUCAUGAGCGAACAUGAACAGACACUACUGGGGGGGCUUCUGCUGCGUCUUCCGAGCUAUGAAACGACGCUCAAAAUAUUGGAAAAGGGGCUUAAUUCCCCGUUGUCUAAGAACUUCCCAUUUCUGGAUAGCAGCAAGAUCAUGCAAGAUUUCCUGGAAAGCUUUCAGAAGGGCGAGGAAGACCCAACAACCAGACAGUCGCCUAUCGUGCGCUUAAUACCGGCCGGAAAAAAAAACUACUAUGGGAUUGGUGUUAUCGUGAUGUUACUGUGUAUUCUUCACUAUGGCCACUCUCCAUCGAAGGAAGUCGAGGUAUUCCUGAAGUAUCUGUCAACCUCAUUUAAUGGCAAGGUAUUCUAUGUCGAAAGGAUAGAAUUUUUUGUGCUACGUUUCAUAUACCGGAGUAUGUUUGGUAAGGAUGGUGGGGACUGUAUCCAUACUGUUUUAUUUGCUGAGGAGGCAGUUAGCACGGCCAUUCACAUGGGCUUCCAUAAAGACAUCAAGGAUCUAUACAAGAAUCAUCCCGUAUACAAGGACAGGAUCGUCUAUCUAGAAAACUUGUGGCACUUGGUGCUCUUUAUAGACAUUGAAGUUUCACUUUCGCUGGGGGUCCCAUUACACGUCUCCGAGUCCUAUGUUUCUCAAGAAUCUAUAUUGGAUCGUGACACAGGUAGCUUAUAUUUCCUGAAGAAAGUGGUCGCCAAAUUUCGAUCUAUUCUUCUCGCAAUCCAUUCGCCGCUGUGUACGCCAGAUAUCAAAGCUCUCAUUGAAGAUAUACGUCAAUUUAUCAGGCAUAAUUAUAAGCCGCUGGACUUUUACUUGAACCACCAAAAUCUAAAUGGCCAAGAGUAUGUGGAAAUUGAAUCCCUUAUGUUUUUCAUGUCCACAAUGUAUCAUAUGGGAAUGGUUAAUCUCAUACUGAAUAAUGAUUCCUCGCCUGCAAACAUUGCGAGUAUAGUACAGUAUGUUCUUUUCACGCUAAAACUGACGACGGUAGUGAUACAACGCUAUUAUGACCUUGAUUCUGUGUACUAUCCGGAGAGAGUUGCAAAUCAUGAGACACAGCCGCUAUGGUAUUUACAGCUUGGCAUAGCCCUCAUGAGCAAAAUGUCUACGAGAUCCAUUGCGGAAUAUUAUACCUUGUUAUUCGAUCGUGCUAUAUCCGCAGAUGGGCUUACUAAAGGAAAGUACUAUAAUAACCUCCCCGUUUCGGAUGUAUUUGAUCUAGAUAUACAUACAAUUGAGGUUCCCACCGAUCAUUACAUCAGCCUAUCAUCUGCAUCCAUGGAACUCCACAAUAUAUUUGGCGACUUCUUAAAGAGUCUCGGUCCGAAGCUAUUGUCCGUGCUUAACAAGAUAUACCCUUUCACUGUAAUAACAUCGUUACAAAAUAUUUGCCAUGUCGUACUCCAAAGUGCGUUUGAUAGUAAUGAAGAAACGGUAGUCAAUACGAGGAACUCGCCUCUGGUAUAUGAAACAGUACCAAACUUUCAGGCUAUGCCCCCAAGACAAAGGUUGCCUUACCAGUCCUUUACAUUGGGCACCUCACUACAGCCAAAUUAUUACCCACAUCAUAUGCCUUUUCACCCGCUACAGCAAUCACUUCAAUAUAAGUUUCCGCACGCAAUACAACGGAUACCGCCCCAUAUAAGGCAGCACUUUGCUCAACGCUUAGCUCAGCCGCCGGUUACUGAGAUACUGCCACAAGGGCCCGUGCAUACAAGCCAGAAGGCUUCAUACGCUCCGAACUCCAACAUUAUCAGAUCAUACAAUCCGGGUGACGGUUAUGUUAAUCCAUCUCUAAUUAAAGAUAGCCCAUCAGUUUCAACAGCAUCCCAAGGGAACUCAUCACAAGCACAGAAUACUCCUCAUUCGUCAUCUGUUUGUUCACAUGUUCCAGUAAGCAGUACUUUCACUCCCUGUCUGUAUCCAAUGCCCAAUGGCGAUUUGCAGGCCUCAAGAUCAAUUGCAGAUGAAUUUUGGAAUAAUAUAGAGAAUGGCCUCGAGGAUUGGAUAACCACAACGAAUAGCUCCCUAAAUCAACUUACAAAUGUUUUUAAAGCUGCUGAUUCACCAGAGGAAAGUUAA